AGAUUUUAAAUUUUAUUUGAAAUGACAAAGAAGACAAAGAAGGUUGGAAUCACAGGAAAAUAUGGAACCAGAUAUGGUGCUUCUUUAAGAAAGAUUAUCAAGAAAUUCGAAAUUUCCCAACAUCAAAGAUAUUUCAAUACAUUCACAGGAGCUCAUUCAUUAAAACGAUAAGCUAUUGGUAUUUGGAGAUGCACUCAGACAGGUUUGUAAAUAGCUGGUGGAGCUUGGGAAGUCAAUACUCCUGCUGGCUUAUCUGCAAAAUAAGGUAUGUUGAGAAUCAAGAAGUUAAAAGACGAUGCUGAGGUUGAAGUAAAAGAAGAAAAGAAAGAAAAGAAAUAAUAACCUAAAGAAGAAAAAUCUAAAGAGUAGCCAAAAGAAACUAAGAAACCCUAAACCAAGAAACCUUAAGCAAAGAAAUAAUGAUCACGUAUAUUAAUUACAUAAAAUAUAAUAAGAAUACAUUUUAUCAA